UCUGAUUAAUCUAAAUCUAAUCAAAGACGCGGCAGGCGAACUUGUAAAAUUAAUCCCGAAAGUAAUAAAAAACGAAAAUCUUUGCCAGGAACAAAAUACUAUUCAAUUAUUUUGGAUUAAAAAUAAAAUACAAUCUGCAAGUAUGGGUAAACAUUUUGGAGAACUUUACAAAAUCCGAGGAUUGGUUUCAUACACGCUAUCCCCAUUUGAACAAAAGGCAUUUGCAGGACUAAUUUCCAAAGGCUUACCAAAUACCUUGAGGCGAAUUCGCGAAAGCGCCUUCAUAAUCUUACCCCCAACUAUAAUAGCAUAUUUGGUUUAUGAUACUGUUGAAAAGAAGUAUGCUCAAUUGCAGAGGAAAAAUCCAGCUGAUUAUGAAAAUGAUGUUUAAAUUUGAUAAUAUGUUAUUGUAGAUUAUAUUGAAUAAAUUAUUUGUG